AUGGACCACUUGGCCCCUUCAUCAGGGGUCAAUUGGUACACCAAUUAUAAUGGUUUUGGGGAAUUGCUGGGGAGUUCCCAGCUUCCUCCUAUGGAAUUGGGUGGGGUGGAUGUUGGGAGACAGUUUACCCCCCAGGUUCAUAUGCAGUACACAGUGCCACAGUUGUCAGCUGGGGGUAUGCACUAUGUGCAGGAUCAUCGUAGUCUUCACAGCUCCAUUGUUGAAGAAGCUGUUGUUAACCAGGAUGAAACUCCCCAAAGUCAUGAGUCCCGGGCUCCUCACCGAUUACGUCCAGCUCUAGGAGAGAAGAUUCCUUGUCAAGAAUGUGGUGCAACUUUUGCAUGUGGGGCAAAUCUAAGGAAUCACAUGAGAAUUCAUACCGGUGAAAGGCCUUAUGUAUGUGAAGAAUGUGGUGCUUCUUUCACUCAGCGUUCAAAUUUGCGUAGCCAUAAACGUGUUCAUACCGGUGAGCGCCCAUACAUGUGUGGAAUAUGUGGACAGACAUUUGCUCGCUCAUCACACCUUCCAGGACAUAUGCGUACACACACAGGGGAAAAGCCUUUCGAUUGUCCUCAAUGUGGCCGUUCUUUUGCCACUAAUCAAAUCAUGAAAAAUCACAUGAGGACGCACACAGGAGAACGACCAUUUGUAUGUGAUGUAUGUGAGGCUACUUUUGCUCAGAGUUCAUGCUUAGCUACUCAUAAGAAAAUUCACACCGGUGAACGUAAUUUUAAGUGUGGGGAGUGUGGGAAGGCAUUUAUAUCUAGGUCAGGAUUGCAAACACAUGAACGUGUCCACACAGGAGAAAAGCCUUAUACGUGUGAAAAAUGUGACAAAUCCUUCAAGACUUCAUCAUAUCUUUCAAAGCAUAAACAAAAAUACUGCGGUAACAAUGGAUAUAAGAAUAGAGUUCGACGACCCGAUGCAAAAAAGCCAGGUCGUAAGCCUGCAAGUAUCCGAAAGAUGGGUAAAUCCCGUAAGGCUAUAAAACCUCCUGGGAGGCCAAUGAAGAGAAGUAAAGCAAAAAGAUUACGCCGUUCUCAGAGGCGUAGAAAUAGCGAAUCUGAACCUGAAUAUGUGGAAGAAUCCCCAUUAACCGAGUCGUUCAGUGAAGAGGCCCUGUAUGAAGUGAAAAAUGUGCAAGUGAAACAAGAGGAAAGAGAUUCAGAAGAUAAUCCUGUCAUCAGAACUCUGGGAAAAUCCAUUAGUAGACUCACUGCCCACCAAUGUAGAGCUAAUGUAAAUGUGAAUUAUCUUUCAUCUUCCUGUCAUGAGAGUGAGAGAUUAUCAGUUUAUAGCAAUGAUACAUUGAAAAACCAUUCACAAGAUGUGAAGCACAUAAAUGAAAAUCACUCAAGUCUCUCAGAAUCUCAUACACAAAUUCAAAAUGUUCAACAAAUACCUGAAGCUCAUCAUCAAGGAACAGGGGCAGACCUCACAGAUAUUUCAAGUCCUGAGUUUACUGAACAUACCCAUUGUGACCCUGAAGAAGGUUCGCCAUUGAUGGAUAUUCACCAUCAGAUCUCUGAAGUGCUCCCUCAAGUUUCAGGUCCUCUCAUGAUCACUGAGGCAGAGCAACAAACAUGUGCACCCAGAAAUGGUUCAAGUGCCUGGUAUCCCAGAAGUUAUAUGUGA